AUGUUGCUUCGACGGACCAAAAGUGGUGACUUUGGCAAAGGCAGCAAGAAGGCUCAGGCCCUCAGAGAGGCCGAGCUGGAGCGCCAGCGUCAAGCGGCAUCACGAGUUCCUCCAAAGCUGCCCGAAUUCGCCAACAACUCCGAGCAAUUGUCAAAGGCCAUCCCCCGAGACUUGCAACCCGCCGAGUACACGUACAGUCUCGCCACUUCGGGCCCCGGUGGUUAUUACGGGCGCGCCUCCAACGAAUCUCGCCAUUACAUACCCAGCGCUGCUCCGCCAGUGCCACCGAUUCCAAGCAGCGCCUUCGACCCUUAUGCUCGAACUGAGAGCAUGACUCACCGUGGACGGUACAGCUAUGCCAGCAGCGCCAUCAGCUCCAUCAACAGCCCUAGGAGGGUUCGUAGAAGAAAGGACCCGACUCCGUUUAAUAUUCUAGUCAUUGGGACUGCAGGUGCCGGCAAGACCUCAUUUCUCGAAUUUCUCAAGACGGCACUUGCUCUUCCACCUAGAAAGCGGCCUAGGAAGGUUGACGACGAUGACUUCAAAAUCCCAGCUCCGGCUUCGGGAAAUUUUAUUCCUCACUUCAUGGAAACCGAGAUUGACAACGAGCGAAUUGGUUUGACUUUGUGGGACUCGGAAGGUAUUGAGAAGAACUUGGUGGAUUUGCAAUUGAGAGAGCUGAGCGCUUUUCUUGAGAGCAAGUUUGAGGAGACGUUUGCAGAAGAGAUGAAGGUUGUGCGAUCUCCCGGCGUUCAGGAUACCCACAUUCACGCAGUCUUCUUGGUUUUGGAUCCGUCCCGUCUCGAUCGUAAUAUUGCGGCCUCCCGAAACAUGGCAACUCGUUACCAGGGCAAUGAUCCACGCACUCGGGCGUCGGGCGCCCUUGACGAUGACCUCGAUCUCCAAAUCCUUCGCAGUCUUCACCGCAAGACCACUGUCAUUCCGGUUAUUGCGAAAGCCGACACUAUUACGACCAAGCAUAUGAAUGUGCUAAAGAAGUCUGUCUGGGACAGUAUCAGGAAGGCUGACCUGGAUCCGCUCGAGGCUCUCGGAUUGGACGAGGACAGCGACAACAAUUCCGACAAAAUUGACGAGGAGGAGGAGGAAGCCGCUGUUGUAGAUGACGGCGAGGCAAUUUCGUCUUUGGCGAGUUCGCCGAACUCCAAACGAUUAUCAACACAGUCCAUCCGUCGCCACAAAGCCCAGGAGGAGACAAAGGAAGACGAGAUCCCAUUCCUGCCCCUCUCCAUCAUCAGUCCGGACUUGUACGAACCAGCUGUGAUCGGCCGCCAGUUUCCUUGGGGAUUUGCAGAUCCUUACAAUGAGCAGCACUGCGACUUCACCCGUUUGAAGGAGACGGUUUUCUCAGAGUGGCGAGGUGAGUUGCGUGAGGCCAGUCGAGAGCAAUGGUAUGAAGGAUGGAGAACGAACCGCCUGAAGCUGCGAGACCUGCCCUAUCGUCAUCGAUAG